AUGUCCGCCAUGGACCUUGACGCCCCGGUGUCUAUUGCAACUCGAUUUGCAGCAGCAGAUCAGCAGCAAAAUGGCGCAACUAUUCUAUGCUGUAAUUGUGGCGCUGCUAUCGAUGGAACGACCGCUGCAGGUGCUCUCUGCUACGACUGUGUGAAGCUUACUGUCGACGUCUCCCAAGGAAUCCAGCGCGAGGCUACCCUACAUUUCUGCAGAGACUGCGAUCGAUGGCUUCUUCCUCCCUCCAGUUGGAUUGUGGCUGCUCUCGAGUCCAGAGAACUGCUCGCCCUUUGCCUGAAGAAACUAAGAGGCCUACACAAAGUACGGAUUAUCGACGCAAGCUUUAUAUGGACGGAACCGCAUUCUCGGAGAGUAAAGGUCAAGCUCACAAUCCAAGAUUCAGUUUCAGAGGGAGUUGUGCUGCAGCAGGCAUUUGAGGUGGAAUAUAUCGUCGCGUACCAGCAGUGUCCCGACUGUGCGAAGUCCUACACUGCGAAUACCUGGAGAGCUUGUGUACAAGUACGACAAAAGGUUCCUCACAAGAGAACGUUCCUCUACCUCGAACAACUCAUUCUCAAGCACGGCGCACACAAGGACACAAUCAAUAUUAAGGAGGUGAAGGAUGGGUUGGAUUUCUACUACUCAGCAAGGAAUCAGGCCGAGAAAUUCGUCGAUUUCCUCAAUUCCGUCGCACCUGUUCGAAGCAAGAAGUCCCAAGAACUGAUCUCGAUGGAUAUUCAUACAUCUACCAAAUCCUACAAAUUCUCAUACUCCGUCGAACUGGUCCCUAUCUGCAAAGACGAUUUAGUGGCGAUACCCAUAAAGCUCGCAAAGCAGAUUGGUAAUAUCUCACCACUCGGACUUUGCUACCGAGUGGGAACCACAGUCAACGUCCUCGACCCCGCAACUCUCCAAACCGCAGAUAUCAGCACCCCAGUUUACUGGCGUGCUCCAUUUACAUCUCUCGCCGAUGUUCAAGAAUUGACAGAAUUUAUUGUUAUGGACAUCGACCUGCUGGGACCACAAAAGGGAAGAUGGGCUUUGGCUGAAGCGACUGUCGCUCGUGCUUCAGAUCUCGGGUCCAACGACAAGACAUACUACACCCGCACACAUCUGGGCAAUGUUCUACAUCCAGGAGAUUCCGUGAUGGGAUACUUACUUACCGGCACAAACUUCAAUAGUCCACAAUUCGAGGCUCUCGAAGAGUCCCACACAUACUCGUCACAAAUACCUGACGUCAUGCUCGUCAAGAAGUUCUACGCCAGAAAGAAGAAGGCGAAGAACCGCAACUGGCGCCUGAAGCGUAUGGCCAGAGACGAGGGCGAUCUAUUGCCCAAGAAGUCCGACCAGGAGCGUAUGGACAAGGAUUACGAGAUGUUCUUGCGAGAUGUUGAGGAGGAUGAAGAGUUGAGACAAACGAUGGCCCUGUACAAGGCUCAACAGCAACAGAAGAUUGAUGCGGAGGCUAUGAGCGUUGUCGAGACCGAUGAUGGGGAGGACGAGACUCCACAUAUCGAUAUGGAGGAGUUGCUUGAUGAGUUUGAUGAGUUGGCUGUUACGGACAAGUAG